AUGCUGCUGUGUUGCUGCGCUGCCAUGCUGCUGUGUUGCUGCGCUGCCGUGUUGCUGGCUUGCGCGGUUGGACGACAGAUCACCGCCCUCGUUCCACCGCAGGCCAACACGCUGCAGACCGCGCCCAGGGCAAUGUCGCGCGUGGACUUCGCCGGCAGCCCAGCGGCCACAACUUGCCAUCUGAGGAGAAUGGCCCGAAGAUGGGGGAGGGCAGACGACGUUUGA